GACCCCGAGUGGCCGGCGGAGGCGCCCGGCCCGCGGCCACUCUCCGAGGGCGCCUCCCUCUCCCUCUCCGCACCCGCCCGCGCCGCGGGGACGUUCGCGCGACUCCCGCCCGCGUCCCCGACGCACCACCGCCCGGGCCGGGCCCUCUGAGCCGCGGGGACCAUGCGGCGGCCCCGGCCCGCGACGCUGCUCGCCCCACGGGACCGCCCGUCGCGCGGACCAGGUGCUUGGCCAUGACUCGGUCCCCAGUGUCCCCGAUGCUGCCCGCCGGGGUGCCCCCCGAGUGACCGGGCUUGCUCUGCCCCCACCGCUCCACAGUUGAUGGGGCGCCGGGCGGAUGACCGCGGGAACGGUGGUGAUCACGGGCGGAAUCCUCGCGGCCGUCAUUCUCCUCUGCAUCAUCGCGGUGCUGUGCUACUGUCGCCUCCAGUAUUACUGCUGCAAGAAGAGCGGCGUGGACGAUGCGGCCGAGGAGGACGAGGAGGGCCCCCGCGGCCCCGCCUGCAACGCCUGCAGCUCCCGGGCGGACCCCCUGGGCGGGCUGGCGCCCCUCCCCUGCGAGCUCCGCGCCAGCCCCUGCCCCACCUGCUCCCCGCACGGCUCCGCCUUCUACAUCCGCACGGCUGACCUGGUGCCCAACGGGGGCAGCGAGCGGCUCACCCUGGCGCCCGCCUACUACAAAGAGGGGCCGCCCCCGCCCCUCAAAGUGGCGGCGCCCCAGCCGUACCCGGUGACGUGGCCGAGCUCGGCGCGCGACGCCUUUACCAACCCAAGGGCUGUCAGCACGGACGUGUGACCCCCCCCGGCCCCCACCCCACAGCUCCCGGGGGCGGGGGCACCUCCCAGGGGCCCCGCUCGCGGGGGUCUGGGCUACAUUUCGGGGUGUGCCCUGGAGGUGAGGGUCUGGGGGUGCAGUGGGCAGUGAUGCCCAGCUCUUAGCCAGCCCAGAGGACCCCCAGUCCCCCGCUCUGCUGCAUGGACGAAGGCCAGGACCAGGGGGGUUGAGCAGAGACUCGGAGACCUGGGGGGCUUGCAAAGUGACCAGCAGGUUGCACGGCCCCUCACGCUGGACUCGUCCAGCCCCCACCCACCCACCCCGCCCCGGAGGCGGCUGCAAUUUCUCCAUCCCGGAUGCUUCAAACACAGUCAGAUUUGGCGACACCCAGGAUGUUCCCGGGAGCGCACAGCAUCGACACCCCCCUCCUCCGACCCUGAGCCUGCACCCGGGUCCCCAUUCCCCCCCGCCUCAAGUGGGGUUCACCGCCAAGCCAUGGCAGAGACUCAGUGAAGCUGCACAAAUCCCGUCUGCGUCCCCUGGGAGUGGUUGAGGUUACUUCAGCAGAGCUGAGCUGGCCCAUGGCCCAGUCAGCUGUGCUGGACAUUGUCCACGGCACCUCUGGGGGCCUCGGCAGCCCGGGGAGCUGCAGAGGGGAAGCGGGUCCGAGGUGGCUCGGACACACACAGCUGGAAGGUCACGGGGUCAGCUCCACGGAGCCACACUGGCGCCUCGAGAGUGUGGCAGGCAGUUUGGGGGGGGUCUGUGGCUUAGCAACUGGAGUCCAGGCUGCCUCCUCCUCUGCACCCCACACUUCCCAGCACCCAUGGGUCACUGUCCCCUAGCCCCGCUUUUGGGGGGGGGGACCACGCCUGGCAAUGCUGGGGGACCGUAUGUUGCGAGAGAUGGAAUCCACCCCUUCCCCUCCCCCCGUUUCUGCAUGUCAAGGGCCUGCUCUGCUCCCACUGACCCCACUUUUUUUGGGGGGCCAUGCCCAGCGGUUUUCAGGGGAUGAUGCGGGGGACUGAGCUGGGGGCUGCCAUGAAGCCUCUGUGCGCUCUCCGUGUCUCCCCAAAGCUGAGCCCCGCCCCGCACUUGGGGGAGGGGGGAGGAGGGGGAAUGUGCUCCGGGCGUUUUGGGGGGCACAAGCUCCUUGCUGGGCUCUGAAGUGCUCCCCCCCCCCGCUGGUGGAAGCCACGGAUGGUGGGAGAGCCCCCCAGGCCCCCUGAGCUCGGGGAGCAGCCCCCUGCCCCUGCUCUGACGCAGGCCCAGAGCUGUACCCCAAGUCCUGGACUCCCCAAGAAGAGGGGCUGCCCUGGUCUGUCCAGCCCCAAGGGGUCUGGGGGUACCACGGGGACAUGAAGACAGAGGAACGGUCCUGAUGCACAGGAAGAAGCUUGAAAACGCUGCUGACGGACCCCCGGUUCCUUCAGCCCUGUGGGACUCAUCAAGACCCCUGAGACCAAAGGGACCCCUCGGGACAGCAGCUGUCACCCCCCGACGCUGGCCCUGACCAGGCCAAGUGCACCCCUGGACAUGGGCACCCCUCAGUGCCUGGCUGGUGCCACACUGGCCCCCUCCACGCCCCCUUUGUCCCUCCCCCAACUCUUAGCCGCUGGUACCCCUGACCCCGGGCUCCCAUAUAGCCCCAGGGAGCCGAGCGUCCAACUAGACGUUUGUCACGAGGCCCCCGAGAUGGGAGAGAAGGAGCCGCCUUGUCCGCACGCCCCGGAGGGGGGAAUAAAGGAGGAGUUUGAAACACA